AUGUACUUCCUGGGAAGUACUGAGGUUGUGCUACUGGCCACCAUGGCCUAUGACCGUUACGUGGCCAUCUGCAAUCCUUUGCGCUACACCCUUGUCAUGAGCCCCCAGACUUGUCUGCUGCUGGCUGCGGCCAGCUGGUCCAUUGGUUUUGUGCAUGCCAUGAUACACUCAGUCAUGACCUCUCAGCUGACUUUCUGUGGCCACAACCACAUUCAUCACUUCUUCUGUGACAUCAAGCCACUGUUGAAUUUGGCUUGCAGUAGUACCAGCCUCAACAUGACCCUCCUCAAUGUCAUUACCACAUCUGUUGCACUAGGCUCCUUUGCUCUCAUAGUCCUCUCCUACCUCUACCUCAUCUUCUUCACCUUCCAUAAAGUCCGGUCCCAGGAAGGAAGAUGGAAGCCCUUCUCCACCUGUGCCUCCCACCUCACCGUUGUGGCACUGUUGUACAUACCAGUGCUCUUCAAUUAUACACCACCCUCCUCAGGAAGCUCCCUUCAAAGGGAUGUGCAAGUGUCUCUCCUGUACAGUGCUGUCACCCCAGCUCUGAACCCCUUGAUCUACACUCUUAGGAACCCGGAGAAGAGAUCUGCCAUGAAAAAAAUGCUAUGUUUUGAGUGGACAUAA